UCAAUGCAGACUGUUAGGAAGUAAAGCCUCUUUCGGUUUCAUUUCUGACUCGCAGUCAUAAGAGCUUGCAGAAUAUCUACUCUGAUAAUCAUUUCUAACCACCAACAUCCAUCUGCGUGAGUGUGCCAGCUGGAUUUUUUAGACAUUAUUUAGCAUAUUGGAGUCUGGCAGUGAGCAGCCAUCACCCUGCAGCUGUGAUACACACACUAACUACGGCUGAUGAAGAUUAGCAAGGAGUCUGGGAGUGAUUCAGACUCGGACUCGGAGCCUUUGAAGCCCAGAACUCGAGGGAGGAAGAGCAUGAUGAUGAUGAGACAGAGGUCUGGGAAGAGAAGCAGCAACCUGAACUCAUUCUCUCCCCAUGCCUCACGUCAGAAGAGAUUCAGAAGCAGUCCCACGGUCCGUAAGCAACUGGGAGAGAGCCUCAAAAAGAAACCCAGGCUUGCUGUCACAUGUGGAAAUAAAGAAGGCACGCUAUACAAAGAUAAGUUUAAGAAAAGUGAGCCGUGCAUCUGGUCUAAUCAUAAGUGGUUCACCCCUACUGAAUUUGAGAAGUUUGGAGGAAAGGAGAAAAACAAAAAGUGGAAGAUUAGUAUCCUGCACAAUCAGAUUCCGCUGCAAACAUUUAUACAGGAGGGCUUUCUUCCCUGUCCAUCGUUUAAAACGAAGCGCUCACGGGAUAAAGAGCCAAAGUGCAGGAGGGAGCUGAUUCGGACCAGAAGAAGUACCAGAUAUGGCAGAAACAGUCACACGUCCGAGUCUGACAUCAUCUCAGAAUUGAGCUCAUUGCCCAGCUGCAGCACUGACGAUGAUGAAGAUGAUGUUCAGGUCACUGAGAGAGAGUUCAGCGGCGACUCUUUUGACGUCACGUGUUCCAAAGGGAGAGAGGUUCUGUCCAAAGGGACAGACAGUCACACGUCCGAGUCUGACAUCAUCUCAGAAUUGAGCUCAUUGCCCAGCUGCAGCACUGACGAUGAUGAAGAUGAUGUUCAGGUCACUGAGGGAGAGUUCAGUGGCGACUCUUUUGACGUCACGUGUUCCAAAGGGAGAGGGGUUCUGCAUGUAACCCGCUUUGCUACAGAGACUUGUGGAAAAUGCAUCAGGACGCAGGACGCCUGGCUCACGCCCGAGGACUUCCUCAACAAGAACAAACCCGGCGGAAACUGGAGACUGGACAUCAGAAGCCACAGUGUUCCUCUUGGAAAGCUCAUAAUGAGGAGGGUGUUGAAGCCUCACAUGUUGAACUGCAAGUGUCCCAUCUGCACAGGAGAACCUCUGCAUCUGCUGGAUCAGAACAAUGAUGACAUGUGCUUUAUGUGCAACCGCGAUGGAGAUCUGGUGUGUUGUGACAAAUGUCCACGUGCCUUCCAUCAUCACUGCCACAAACCAGCUUUAAGGGACGACACAAUCGGUGAUCACUGGACCUGUUCCUUCUGCAAGAAGUCUGUUCCAGGUGCAAGAAAGAAGAGCUCAUGACCCGUCCUGAAUGUUUAAACACGACUAUCAUAGUGACUGUUGGAGUGCGGAAUGUUUUCCUUUUACAAGUGUGUGUGUGUGUGUGUGUGUGUGUGUGUGUGUGUGUGUGUGUGUGUGUGGGCUCAUUUCACUGACUAGAAAAUAUAUAUUUUUAUCAUAUUUUUUGCAUGAUACUUUUUGCUGGUGAUGGUUGUGAAUUAUUUACAAAUCAAAAGUAAUAAACAUAUUUUUUUUACAGUA